CCAGUGUGUCAGCCAGUCCAGUGGCGACCGUGGCAGGGGCAGCACGUCGCGCUCCGCUCUGCGCCCGUUACCGCCACUUGAUUCUCACGCCCGUGUGUCGAACCCUCCAAGGCUGCUUCCGCCGCAAGCCUUGUUCUCUCCUUGUUUGUGUCACCUCUGACCUCUAGUAGCCUCACCUAGCAAGAUUCCUAAACCAAACUUUCUAAGAAGCGAGCGAGUGCGAGAAUUAAGCAUUAGCCCUUAACUUUCCCGGUCCCUGAACCCUAAACCCAAGGUGGGUGUUGACCCCCCGGGAGGCUGAGCCAGGUGGAAGCAGGUCAUCUGAGACGUGUCAUCUGGUGUCACACACUGCCACCCUCACCACACACCUGGCGCCCCCUCUCACAGAGACGUAACCCAUCGGUCCUACCCUACAUGACCACGUGAAGGGGCAAGCCGUAAUUGCCAUGCAAAUAUAACAAGCUGAUCCUGGGUGCCAUGUCCCGAGAGCGCCGGCCUUGACCUCCUCCCUGGCCUCAGUCAGUGACCCAGUCAGCCCAACACAAGGAAGUUCACCAUUCGAGCGAGUGAGUUAGGUGACCAGGAGAGGACGGAUAGAGGUAAAUGAACAGAGGUGGUCGAGCACUCGCUUUUGCAGCAGCCUGCACUAUCCCCGUCCUCUGCUAGCCCACACACCCGCACGAGCGAUGGCGUGGCAGAGCGUGUUGGUGGUGGCGUGGAUGUCGGCGUCAGUGGUGUUGGGAGCGGAGCCGCGCGAUCCCUUAGUGGUACAGACGCUGAAGGGAUCCGUGCGAGGCACAACACUUACCACAGCCAAGGGCCGCCAGGUCGACGCCUGGUAUAACAUUCCCUUUGCCCAGCCUCCAAUUGGGGAUCUCCGGUUCCGUCACCCGCGACCCAUCGACCGCUGGCAUGGAGUAAAGGACACAACCAUGCUGCCAAAAUCCUGCGUACAGCUUCCAGACACCUUCUUCGGGGAGUUCAACGGCUCAACUAUGUGGAAUCCCAACACGGAGAUGAGUGAGGAUUGUCUUUACAUCAACUUGGUGGUUCCGAAACCUCGUCCGCGGAACGCAGCAGUUAUGGUGUGGAUAUAUGGCGGCGGCUUCUACUCGGGAACUUCCACGUUGGAUGUUUACGAUUACAAAAUGCUGGCGGCAGAACAGAAUGUGAUCGUGGUGGCACCGCAAUACCGUGUCGCAUCCCUUGGUUUUCUGUACAUGAUGAAUUCCGACGUGCCUGGGAAUGCCGGCCUCUUCGAUCAACUCAUGUCGCUGCAGUGGAUCCAUGACAACAUUAAGUUCUUCGGUGGUAAUCCUGAUAACAUAACACUUUUUGGCGAGUCUGCCGGCGCCGUCAGCGUGAGCAUGCACCUGCUAUCUCCCCUCUCCCGCCACCUCUACAGUCAGGCUAUCAUGCAGUCGGGCACAGCCACCGCGCCUUGGGCCAUUAUUACCAAGGAAGAAAGUAUUCUGCGAGGUCUUCGUCUUGCCGAAGCUGUUGGUUGCCCCCACGACCCCAAUAACAUGACUGCUGUCGUUCACUGUCUCCGCGAGACGGACGCCAAGACCUUGGUACAGAAUGAACCAUCCUCUGGAAUCUGUGACUUCCCCUUCGUGCCCAUUAUUGACGGCGCUUUUCUCGACGAACGUCCUAGCAAAUCCCUUAAAAACAAAAACUUCAAGAAGACCAACAUCUUAAUGGGCAGCAAUACAGAGGAGGGCUAUUGGUUUAUUAUAUACUUCCUCUCUAGUAUCUUUCGCCUGGAGGACGAAAUCAUGGUGUCACGGCCCGAAUUCGAAACUGCAGUGCGUGAACUCCAUCCAUACUUCAACGAAGUGGUUCGCCAAGCCAUCAUGUUUGAGUACACAGACUGGCUUUCUCCCGAAGACGGGGCCAUGUAUCGCAACGCUAUUGACAAGAUGGUGGGCGACUAUCACUUCACCUGCAACGUCAACGAAUUCGCCUACCACUACGCCCUGGCCGGAAACAACGUCUACAUGUAUUACUAUAAGCAUCGCUCCUCACAGCAUCUUUGGCCUAAGUGGAUGGGGGUUCUUCACGGAGAUGAGAUCAGCUUUCUCUUCGGCCAGCCUUUAAACCCUGAAAAAUCCUACACUGUAGAGGAACAAGAACUCUCAAGACGAAUGAUGACUUACUGGGCCAACUUCGCUAAGACUGGAAACCCGAGCGAAGGCAUCGAGAGCGUGUGGACGCAGACCUACUGGCCAGUCCACACCACAUCAGGGAGAGAGUACCUCACCCUGGCCACCAACACCACCUCCACAGGCAGGGGGCCCAGACUCAAAAAAUGUGCCUUCUGGAAAAAAUUCGCUCCUAAGCUGCUCAAGCUUACAGCCGACAAGACCAGCACGCGACCGGAGCAGUGUCCCAGCAGCACCAGCGGUGUUGGGGUGAGAGAGGUGGGACUGGCUGCGGGGCUGGUGAGUCCCGUCCUCGUCUACUCGUCCAUGACCCGCCCGUGAGGCGAGACCCGCCCGCCUCUCCCUUACAACACACGCAAAAACCUCCGCUUGUAACAGCCGUCAAGAGGAUAUAUAUUAUUCAACACUGAAGACGACCACCAGUUGCUCUUUUGACGCCGCUUUAAGUAUGCUGAAGGCGACGACAAGUUGCUGUUCGCUGCCGCUUAGUAUGUUUUCGGGACGAUUCAUUGCGUCGUCCCGCUAGAUGAGUGCUAUUUAGCCAGAAUCUGCCGCGCUAAAGCAGUUUAUAUACAGAUUCUGUAGCAGUGCUGAAAGUGUUGAGUACAGUCCAAACUACUAGAAGUAGCAAAGGGCAAAAGAUUGAUGUUUCAAAGUUCAGGGGAAAAUGCCGUCUUUGGGAUAUGAACUUGUGUGCUGUUAAGUAUCCUGGUAGCAAGAGUCCCAGGACUAGGUAAUGGGUAGAAGACCAAUGUAAUAUUACCGUGUGGGGCUCCGACUGGGUAAGUAAGGAGCAAUACAUUGUACUCAGGGCAGAGAUAACAGGCUUUAUGACAUAGGAUCGUCCCAGGAUCGAAUUCGGCACUUGCUACAUCAUAAUAGUCUAAGAUAGCCUAUAUAUGUAUAGCGAUGGUGGAGUGGCUAGACUAAGGUGAACCUGUCCUGAUGUAUGGCAUUGGAUGACCGCGGGUGGACAGGCGCGAGUUAUAAGGACACUCCGUUUCCUGGAUCUCUCGCUUUGCCCAGAGACAGUGAACCCGGCAGUCUUAAGGUCGUCAGUAAAGCUAUCUUUUUGCUAAGUUACUGCAGAAGGUGAGCCUUAUUGACAUCUUACAUCUUACCAAAUUAUUCGCGUUAUUAGACAUCGUAUUUUCGGUUCUUUAGCAUGUCCCGCUAAUAGCUUGGACGCGGACCAUCGAGGACACACUCGUUAUCAAGACGCCAUAUUUCCCUCCCUGCUGUAGGAUGGGGGUGGCAAUCUACCCUUUCUCGACGCAUUGAAAAAAUGUCUUUCUGGGCGCUAGGCAGACAUAGAGCGCGCAAGAUGCAAGCACACUCUUUACUGAUCCUCUUAGCUACGUCUCCCUGACUCAGUCAACUCAUACAUAUCUCUCCAGUAGUUCUAGGGUUUACCGUACUGUGUGCUAGGUUUCAUCAGGCGUUCCGUGGUCCUCAUGUUUAGUUUGGUAAAAUAUGAACUGUCACUAGCAUCCCCAUUUCUGGUAACUACAGAGUCUAUUAGAGGUGACAAUGGCUGUGGUUGAAAUUCAUGAUAUGGAGAUUAAAGAUAAUAUUACCACAUUUACCAGGCAAAGAACAUUUGAUGCUAUAUCCCGUCAAAAUGGCUAUGUAUUCCAGUGUCUGUGGCGUAAACAAUGUGGAAAGGGGGAUAAAAAAGUAGCCCUUUUGGCGGGAAAUAGUCACAAAUAUCGCCUCUGGUUCAGCAAUGGUCUUUAGUCCAAUCUUCCCAUUUCAAGUACUUCCACGCGCCUGGAUCCGAUGCUAAUGGUAGUUGUAAUAUUUACUGAUAUGUAUAUAUAUUUUUGGUUCUCCGCUAUAUCCUAGUUCAAUCAACUUGACUCAAAUGUUGGCGUAAAUUGCACAAGAAACACACCUGUUGUUGACUUUUGUCUUAAGUGGAAUAUAUCAAACUGUCUAACCUCUUUGCCUGAUAAAACGGACAUAUGACGAAGCUCCUAUAGUCGUUUUAAUCCUAGCAUAUUCUUCAUAACCUCAGAUAAUCACUGUCAUAUAAAAGAAAAGAUAUAAUAUUAACUCUCGGAGAAUUCCGAGAAAAAUGUUGAUGUUUGAUUUUAGUAUAAGUGAAUGAUAGGGAGCCUGUCGAAAUGACGUGAGCUGUAGCACACUGUGGUCAUAGAUACUUUAUUAUGAAACCCAUCCGAGCAUAUGUAUUUAAUGCGACUUUACUGUUAUGUUGAGGGCUUAUUAAUAAAUUUGUUUGUGUAUAUGAGCCGUGGCUUGAAUCAGGGUAAGACCAAAGCAAAACGCCUAGUCCCUGCUGCACGGGUUAUUGUGUCUAGCUCUCACUCUCUCCUUUCUACGGGCUCCUUAUUACGCUAAAAUAAAUCACCAUUUUCUUGUUAGUUCAUAUGUACAUUCUUGAGAGUUUCUUCUUUGUUUCGUCCUUACUAGAUAGCUUUACGUAAAUAAUAAUACCUUAAGGAUAGCUCUAAUGUCAAAUGUCUAUAGACUAAUGGUAUAUUGUUGCCGGAUGCGUCUGCUUGUGGGUGUAAAUGCCAUGUACAAACCUUAGCAAAGACGUCUCUAGUCGCAUUGAUUAUCUCUUUUUUUGUGUGUAAUUAUUUGGGCAGGUUCAAAAACAUUGCAGAUCAAACAAAAAAUCAAAUGACACUUGAGUGAAUAUGAUAUUUGACGAGUGUGCUGAAAAACCCGACUCGACUGUGUUGUCCAAAUGUGUCUUUUUGGACCUGCUCCACUGAGCAUACUAAGACUGAACCUGUUAUACUAGAUCCAAUCAGAACUCGCGGGGCGAUUUUCUGUGCGUUCUAAUUGGUCAAAUCAAUUGAAGACAAUACGAGGAAUGUGACUCCCUAAUAAGUCAAAGGGUAGAUUUUAUUCUUGUGCAAACAAACACAUGUACACACACACACACACACACACUCGCACACACACACACACAUACGCACACACACACACACACACACACACACACACACACACACACACACACACACACACACACACACACACACACACUCACACUCACACACUCACACACACUCACACACACACACACACACACACACACACACUCAUCCACACACAGCUAUGUAAACCUGUAAACCUUUUAGUGUUAUUGUACAUAUGGAAAAUAUUAAAGACCUUCCAUUCUCUGCUGACAGGUGCUUUGUUUCACUGAAGCAUCUGUAAUGAUACGUGUCUUGCAUGUGUAUAUAUCACAGUAUUUGUAGCGUCUCGGAGUAUAUAGUUCUAUUCAAUAUAAUACAAUAUAAUUAGUAGAUUUCUUCACAAUUAUUCAUAAAUUUUGUUGGUGGUAUAAUGUAUGAACCUUUAAUAGACCUUGCUGUUAUGCUAUUGGUGCUUAAAAUCCCUAGGGUCAUUCUCCAAUUUCACGGCUCUUCAGUAAGUCUUAUUAAGCCACUAUAUGAUCUAGAGAGUAACGGCCUUACUGAAAACUCCUAAGACUGGAGAAGCUUCCUAGAUAGUCGCCUAGAGCAAGAGAAACCCUUAAAUUUGUCAGCCUUUCAUCGCGAUUUAGAUCCAACCACUGCCGCAUACAUGAUGAUACGAGCGCCCCCUUUCCGGUUCUUAGUGGCGUUCCAGCAAGGUAUUUCAUUCUGCUUCAGAGAGAAUAUCAAUCUUGCUGAAAAGUUUCUAGGAUAUGGAAAUACUGGUAAUACAUAAUCCUCCGACGUGGUGGAAAGCUAAGAGAAUCCCAGGGAUAAAGGCACAGGACUUAACAGAUUGAUGACUGUCGGACCAUUGAGGUCUUUGCAGAAAGAUGUGAGAUGUUUGGUCCGAAAUAGCUCCCCAAGUGUGGCGAAUUCUAUUCGGUGUUAAAAAAUAGAUUUAAUCAUUCCUGCGCUGGAUAGUGCUACAGGUGCCAGACUGUACGACUCUGCUGUGCUAGUUUCACGUCAAGAACGGGACUGCGCAUGAUAGUCGCCACAACUUGCGCAGGGUCCGGUGGAGAGUCCCGGUUCUUGGACCGGCCGUUCAGCCUCAGCCGUCCCGGGUAAGUCCAAGAAAUGAACCGAAACACAGAUCAGCGGGUUUAAGGCGGGGGGCCAGAGAGUGGUAAAGCAUCAUGUGUCUCUAUAAGGAUAAUUUGUAACUAGUAUCACAUACGCGUCUCGACCUGACGCACAUGUGUGGGUUACCACUAUUAGACCGCGAGUGCCCGCUGUGCCCAUACGUCACGUUGGAGAUGAUGGAAGGCGAGAUAGGACAGUUCAUACCCAGCUUCCCAAAUCAUUUUGUUGAUGAUUAACUCAUCUUCAAUGUCAUCAUUUUAUUUGCCUUUUUAUGACAUAAAUGAUAAUCAAAUAUGACUUUUCGAAGCACUGACGCAAUAUUUUUUUUUUUUAGAUUUAAGAGGUACAUGUAAAUUAUUUCAUAGAUAACCAACGUUAAUCGUUAGUAAAGUCCUACAGUUAAGUUCGUUGUUGUUCUUUAUCUCUUGUGAAAUGUUUAUUAAAAUGAUCGCAAGGCGUUACAAAAAAUAUUAUAGAUAGCAGUAAAAGUCUAACCUCAACAUAGUAUUAUAUUCAGGUCGCGUCGAUUAGCUGAAUAAAUGGGAAUAAGUACUUGAAGUUCUUUCACAUAAGACAAUGAUGAACAGUGAAAUGUUAUGAAAGAACGGAUAUAGACUCCCCACACACGUGUCUACUAAGACUAACACUCCUUGUUUACCUUUUUCGCCUUCCUGAGUGGCUACUUGAGGUCGCUUAUGUUCCAAAACUGCCAAAUUUGUUUCCCUAUUGUUUCCUGAGCGACGAAGCCGACAUUCCUUGCGCGGACACUAUAGAGUUUGCCACCCAGUAUAAAAACACUCAAUAGGAGCUUAGUAACAGAACACAUUGUAAUUAUUUUAUAAGUUGUUACACACAAUACUCCAGCUCCUGACACACACACACACACACACACACACACACACACACACACACACACACACACACACACACACACACACACAAGAUUUGUUUUAAUGACAGAUCAUAAGCAUUAGGUUUAUAAUAUAACCUGAAUUAAAUGCAGCAUAAUAAGAACAUACAAUGUUUUCACCGCCAACACCGAGCUACUACUACUACUGAUUGUAAACAUUUCCCAGUAACCACUCUAAUACUUGUACAAAUACUCUUCUCAUCGACAUGGCUCAAACUCGUGCCAAUUACACUCUCCUCGCUCUGACCUUCUUUGAGCAAACCUUCAGCAACAUGUAAUCAAACUUGAGGACGAUUGUGUCAGUACGGUAUCUCGAGUGGCCCAGCUGCCCUGUGCGUCAAGCUGUCACUCUCAAGAGCGGCCCAGCUGCCCUGUGCGUCAAGCUGUCACUCUCAAGAGCGGUCCAGCUGCCCUGUGCGUCACGCUGUCACUCUCAAGAGCGGCCCAGCUGCCCUGUGCGUCACGCUGUCACUCUCAAGAGCGGCCCAGCUGCCCUGUGCGUCACGCUGUCACUCUCAAGAGCGGCCCAGCUGCCCUGUGCGUCACGCUGUCACUCUCAAGAGUGGUCCAGCUGCCCUGUGCGUCACGCUGUCACUCUCAAGAGCGGCCCAGCUGCCCUGUGCGUCACGCUGUCACUCUCAAGAGCGGCCCAGCUGCCCUGUGCGUCACGCUGUCACUCUCAAGAGCGGCCCAGCUGCCCUGUGCGUCACGCUGUCACUCUCAAGAGUGGUCCAGCUGCCCUGUGCGUCACGCUGUCACUCUCAAGAGCGGCCCAGCUGCCCUGUGCGUCACGCUGUCACUCUCAAGAGCGGUCUACGUCAAGCUGUCACUCUAAAGUGUCCCAGCUGCCCUCAAGUUCUCUCUGUCAUGAUCGUCCUCGUCUGACGUACUGACUCUUAUUCUAAACCCUGCGUUUGCCUCCGUUGCUUUCUUUUGUUAUGUUGUCAUGGGUCUCAGCUGGUCUUAGGAAUACUGUAAGUAAAUAUCUGGUAGCUGGGGUUUCUAGAGCCAUUUAGAUUGAAAAGCUGGUUCUUGAAACAAUUUUUGUUUCUGGUUUUCUGGAGGUACUCAGUGGGUAUGCUCCUUUCUCUCUGAUGCCUGAGAGUCCUCCAAUUGGUGGACAUUUUCCAGGAGAACAUUUAGAGUCACGAAGUUGACGAUUUUUUUUCCUUGGUGUCCAUUUCGUGAGAUUCCAAGAAUGCUUCAGUUGAAGAAAGGCGGUGGUGUUGGUGCAUCUGGUUGGCAGAACAUUGUGUCCGGUCCAUCUUAUUGGUGCUGCAAGUGCGGUAUCUGAUGGCUGUGAUGUUGAAGGGGAUGCAUCUAGUCUGAUUGAUAGAAUAUGGCAGCGGGAUAAUCUGAUUGGUGGAAUGUUGAAGCGGAUGCGUCUGAUUAGUGGAAUGUUUAGCAUCGGAAUGGUGGAAUGUUGAAGCGAGUACAUCUGUUUGGAAGAAUGUUGUAGCGGGCGCAUCUGAUUGGCGAAAUGAUGCAUUUAGUGCACAUGAUUGGCAUGAUUAUUAAAGUGGCAUAUUCUACGUGACUCCUGACUUGUGAAUUUACUUACGAUAUAGUAUUUCUUAAGACUGCCACUCAACUUAAGCGAUUUUGAGAUCUAUUGUAGUGCUUCAAUAAGGUUGUUUUUCUUCCUCGUCUUAAAGAGAGAGAUUAAACCCUAAAUGAUUGCCUACUUACUUUUGAAAAUCAUCACUCUAAUAUUUACUCAAUUUUCACUCACAAAAUAUAUUACAAAACUAUCUCUCUUGAAAACUGGUAUAUGUAAAAUUAAAUGUACAUCGUAGCAACAUCAAUAAAGUUUUUACGAU